GUCUCCUCCUCCUUCAGUUGUUGCCACCGCCCUUCCCUCCCUUCCUCUCCGCGUCGCUCGCCGUCCCAUCUUUGGCCUGGACACCUGGCCUGCCCCCCCUUCGCGGACGCGCCGGGUCGCCGGCCGAAUCCGCCCUCCCGCCGCUGCCAACGUCGAUCUGCGCCCGCCCGCCCGCCCGCCAAGUGAGAUUCAAAGGUAGGACGACGGGGGGGUCGAGUUCUUGUCGGUUUCAUUCCUGGCCGCCGACUUCACAUGUCAACAACCCCAAGGAGCAGAAGCCAGGGUAGUAGGACCACUAGGCCGUGGAUCUUGUCAGGGAUGGACUUUGCUGGUUCCAGACGGAAGCCUAAUCUCACGGGGAAGAUUGCCGUGGCUGCUGCCCUCACGGUCAUGUGCAUAAUCGUGUUGAAACAGUCCCCUAGUUUCAGCGGUACCAGCGUGUUCUCUCGCCAUGAAACUGGGGUGACCCAUGUGUUAGUAACAGGGGGUGCUGGGUAUAUUGGCUCACAUGCUACUCUUCGUCUCCUUAGUGACAAGUACCGAGUUACCAUUGUGGAUAACCUAUCCAGAGGGAACAUUGGAGCUGUUAGAGUUCUUCAACGGUUAUUUCCAGAACCCGGAAGGCUUCAAUUUAUUUAUGCUGAUUUAGGCGAUGCCAAAGCUGUGAACAAAAUAUUUUCGGAGAACGCAUUUGAUGCUGUUAUGCACUUUGCUGCUGUUGCUUAUGUUGGUGAGAGCACAAUGGAGCCACUCAGGUACUACCACAACAUAACGUCAAACACAUUGACAGUUCUUGAGGCAAUGGCAGCACAUAAUGUAAAUACUCUGAUUUACUCGAGUACGUGUGCAACCUAUGGUGAACCUGAUACAAUGCCGAUUGUAGAAACAACUCCUCAGAAUCCUAUCAAUCCAUAUGGUAAGGCAAAGAAGAUGGCGGAGGACAUCAUCUUAGAUUUUACAAAAUCAAAGAAGCAAUCAAAUAUGGCUGUCAUGAUCUUAAGAUACUUCAACGUGAUUGGAUCAGACCCAGAGGGACGGCUAGGAGAAGCUCCAAGGCCAGAGCUACGCGAGCAUGGACGGAUAUCCGGUGCUUGCUUUGAUGCAGCUUUGGGAAUCAUUCCAGGGCUAAAGGUUCGUGGAACCGAUUACUCCACUGCAGAUGGAACUUGCGUUAGAGACUACAUCGAUGUCACAGAUCUUGUAGAUGCUCACGUAAAAGCUCUUGGUAAAGCUCAGCCAGGCAAAGUUGGAAUCUACAAUGUCGGAACAGGCCAAGGUAGAUCAGUGACUGAGUUUGUAGAAGCUUGCAAGAAGGCAACAGGAGCUUCUAUCAAGGUCGAAUAUCUUGCACGUAGACCCGGAGAUUAUGCCGAGGUAUACAGCGAUCCGUCGAAAAUCCACAUGGAACUCAACUGGACAGCCCAGUACACUGAUCUUGGCCAAAGCCUCGCCCAGGCGUGGAAAUGGCAGAAAGCGCACCCGAACGGAUAUGGACCAGCCUGAUUCAGAGUUCAAAGAUUGAGAGAGACUCGUCACGCAGAUCCAAAGGGUCCAUGUGCAGUCAUGUAGCCUUCAGACAGUUGGUUCUUCAUCACCAUAGAAAGAUAGCAAAGAGCAACAGAAGAGUCCUGAUUCUUUUAUUGCAGCGCUCGAAGAAGGAAAAAAUAUCACAGAGAACCCCCUACCUGCUCCUUGAUUAGUUUCAAAUAUAUAUAUAUAGGUCCUCGUUGACAUUUUAAUAUAAUUUGAUGUGUGCUGAGGCGCUAUAUAAUAACACAAACGAAAUUUUGUUGUAGACAGGGUAGAUCGAUCUCGUGUAUCAACUUUUGUGGUGGUAGAAUGAAAGGAUAUAAAUAAGUUGAUGUAAGUUUUUGUUUCCAAACUUGUUUGGAGUUUACAUAAGGCUGGUUCUGCCAGGUUCAGCC